CGGGGGCGCUCUGCUCACUUUACGUCACUGCGGCCGCUGUGAUGUAAGGUGUGACGUAUCACCGCGGUUCAAAAACACCCCGGGAAAACUGAUCCGGAGAAUCACAACCAGGACCAGGACCAGGACCAGGACCAGGAUAAUAGCUGUCCGUCAUGGUUCAGGAGUUUCACGUCCUCCAGUGUUUUUCCUGUCAGAGCUUCCAGGUUCAACAGGUGAAGAAGGCGCCCAGGUGGAGCUGUAAACUGUGUGGAGAGAAACAGUCGCUGCUCAAGGAGUUUGGGCGGGGCUCCGCGGCCGACUGCAGGCGCCAUGUUCAGAAGCUGAACGCCAUGAGAGGAACCCUGAUGGAGGAGCAGGAGCGCAAAAACUGGUCGCUAUGGAAGCAGGUGCAGGCAGACGGAGAGGAUGAAGCCGAGGAGCGCGACCAGGUGAAGCACGCUCAGGUGACACAGACUCGAGGGAGCCGCUGGAGGAAAUACCUGGACACACCUGAGGAGGCGGAGCCAGAUGAGGAGGAAGACGACGACAGUGUUUUGAUGGACAGGCAGCAGCUCCAUGGCAACAACAUGACUGACAGGAAGAGGAAGAGAAGAGAAGGAUGCACUGACAGCGGAGGACAGGACGGCUGGACACCUGAACAGUCCAACUGGUCCAGUCUGAAGAAACCGGCCUCAGCCAGAACCAGGACCAACGGUCCUCCCAGUAAGAAGAGCAUUAACCCCGGCUGUGAGAGUACUGGUCCAGUCAGUAGUUGGGCUCGUUUCCUCAGUUCUGACUGCCAGGUGAAGGCGGAGGGGGAGGGGCCUUCAGCUAGUGGGAGGAGUCAUCACAUGGGCGGAGCUGCCUCUCUGCCCUGUAAUGACACUAACCAGACUCCGGCCCUCGCCAGGACCCGCCCCCUGCUUCCUGUUUCCUCCAUGUUCGAGAGUGGAGAAGAGUUCAGCUUUGACGAGUUUCUGACAGCUGAUCAGUUCAUCAGUUAAUCCAGGGGAGAAAUGGAGAGAUGGAUUUAUGUGAAAACCUGUUUCUGAUGGCUUGUUGCAAACAUUCAACAUGUGACCAGAUCUAUUGAUCAGAUCAGUAGUUUCAGGUUCAGUCCUGAUGUGUUUAUCGAUCAGAGCAACAUGUGACUAAUAAAGAUCAGAAGGUGGAGACAGGA